AGACAACUUUUUUUUUCCUUUUCGUUUUACUUUGUGUUCUCUCUCUCUCUCUCUCUCUCUCUCUCUCUCUCUCUUUAUUGAGUUUCCUUCAAUUCUCUCUCGUUUAUUUUUGCCUUUUUUGCUUGAUUGAUUUCAUUGAAGAUAGUAAACAUGGCUUAUGCAUCUCACAUAAUCAAUCACUCGAAAAAGUUAAGAAAUGUUUCCAACUUGCUGAGGCAAGAACAUGCUGGUUUGGUUCGUUGGUUUUCGAACGAUACUCGCUUGUCUGUAGGUAAAAAGGAUGAUACUGCGAAGGUUCAUCAUCAGGGGUUUGUGCCUGCAGAAAGGGAGAGAUUGUUUAACACCGGUGUUAAUAACAAUAUAUCAUCAUUUGGUGCAUUUAGGAAAAAUGUACCAAGGACAAUAAAGCAAGUGAGGAAUCCAAUGGAUGGGUCGCUACUCUUGAAGGACUUCUCUAGUUCCCAGGUACAAUCAAGAAGAGGAUUUUCAUCUGAUUCAGGUCUUCCUCCACACCAAGAAAUUGGAAUGCCUUCGCUCUCACCAACAAUGACCGAGGGUAAUAUAGCAAGGUGGCUGAAGAAAGAGGGUGACAAAAUCUCACCUGGUGAAGUACUAUGUGAAGUUGAAACUGAUAAAGCAACUGUUGAGAUGGAAUGCAUGGAAGAAGGUUUCCUUGCAAAGAUAAUAAAGGGAGAUGGGUCUAAAGAAAUUAAAGUUGGUGAGGUAAUUGCUAUUACUGUUGAAGAUGAGGAAGAUAUUGGCAAAUUUAAGGAUUACAGUCCUUCGGUAUCAGAUGGUGCUGCUGCAGCUAGCCCACCUCCCCCAUCCAAGAAAGAGGUGGCUGAGGAAACAGUUAGUUCACCAGAACCAAAGACUUCCAAGCCCAGUGCAGCUUCCUCUGGAGAUCGCAUUUUUGCUAGUCCUCUUGCAAAAAAAUUGGCUGAAGAUCACAAUGUAACUCUCUCAAGCAUUAAAGGAACAGGUCCUGAUGGACACAUCGUAAAAGCUGAUAUUGAAGAUUACUUGGCAUCACGUGGAAAGGAAGUUUCAGCAACAACACCUAAGGCAACAGCUGCUUCAAUUGAUUAUGUUGACAUUCCUCAUACUCAAAUAAGAAAGGUUACAGCCUCACGCUUAUUACUCUCAAAGCAGACUAUUCCUCAUUAUUAUUUAACAGUAGAUACACGUGUUGACAAACUUAUGGAUUUGCGGGGUAAAUUAAACUCAUUACAAGAGGCCUCAGGUGGGAAGCGGAUUUCUGUAAAUGAUCUUGUAAUCAAGGCUGCUGCUUUGGCUCUUAAAAGAGUUCCCCAGUGCAACAGUUCAUGGACUGAUAACUAUAUCCGCCAGUAUAACAAUGUGAACAUCAAUGUAGCAGUACAGACAGAUAAUGGACUAUAUGUCCCAGUUGUUAGGGACGCAGACAAAAAAGGUUUAUCUAAAAUUGCCGAGGAGGUCAAGCAUUUGGCCCAAAAAGCCAAAGACAAUAGCUUGAAACCAGAAGAUUACGAGGGAGGCACAUUUACUGUGUCAAAUUUGGGAGGGCCCUUUGGCAUCAAGCAAUUCUGUGCCAUUAUCAAUCCUCCUCAAUCAGGCAUUUUAGCAGUUGGCUCCGCUGAGAAGAGAGUCAUUCCUGGUUCGGGGCCUGAUGAAUUCAAAUUUGCUUCCUUCAUGUUAGUAACAUUGAGCUGUGAUCAUCGUGUUAUAGAUGGUGCAAUUGGAGCAGAAUGGUUAAAAGCAUUCAAGGGCUACAUUGAGAAUCCUGAAUCAAUGUUGCUGUAAUCAAUUGGUGGUUGUUUUUGUUGUUUCUUUGUAUACCUUUUUCUAGCAGUGAUUAACAUGAGACAUUGCUUGUGGUCCAUACCUCAACAUUGAGCUGCUUUUUGUUUCUUUUUUCUUUUUUCUUUUUUUUGGGGUUUUCUUAUGGCAUCAGUUCAUCACGUAGGAAUUUGUAGUUAAGAGGAAACGAUAGCUGGAUGGAAUAAGUGUUCCAUUGUUUUGGGGGCAUAAAUCUGUAAACUCGCUCCAUUUUGCUUUUUCAGAGUGUAAUAACCCCUUUUCUGAGGGUUUUAUGUAUUGAAUAUUAUUUUCUUUGGCCACCGAUCCUUUCGCGGAUCCAAUUGAUAAUAAUCAUCUAAUCGAAGCUUCAUUAGCUGGA